ACCAUGAAGCUCCGGUCCAUCUGUCUGCUGCUCGGUGUGUCUAUCCAACUGCUGUCAGGAAGACAUGUUUCUGCAGUGUCUCUGAACGUGAGUCCAAACCUUCAGCAGUUCUUCAGUGGACAGUCGGUGUCUCUGAGUUGUCUCGGACAGGGACAAGAACCUGGAUGGACCAGGAGGAUGUCCAAAGGAAGACAGACUGAGCAAUGUGGAGCAGCUGGUUCAGAUUUUGGUGUUUUUAAUGAGUCCUCUUGUGUUCUGGACCUCUUGUCUUCCUACACUGGAGUUUACUGGUGUGAAACCAGUUCAGGACAGAAGAGCGAGCAGAUCAACAUCACUGUAACCCGUAAAGAAGACAGUGUUUUGAUUCUGGAGAUCCCUGCACUUCCUGUGAGCACAGGAAGUGACAUCACUCUGCGUUGUCGACACAAAGAUGGCUCUCUCCAUGCAGCCUACUUUUACAAAAACAAUGACAUCAUUGGGAAUGCUGUCAAAACUCUAAGCACAGCCAUUCACGGAGCCCAGCCGUCAGAUGAAGGGUUCUACUCGUGUUCGACUGAUAAGUCUGGAUCGUCUCCUCAGAGCUUCCUGAGAGUCAAAGAUCCUCCUGUGCCUCACACCAUCACAACCUCCCCUCCAUCAGCCUCUGCUACUCCUCAUCCUUCGGAUAUUCCUCCUCCUAUCUCUGUUCUGCAUCUCCUCUGCCACCUGCUGGCCAUCUGUCCAUACUGCGUCUGCAGCAUCCUGUUGCUGUCAAUCUGCUGUAGAAUGAACUCAGGCAGCUGGCCUGCCGUCUCCAUGGAGACCACCCAUCUCGACGAAGAGCGAGGUGAUGUCACUGCGGGCAUCACCACCGAGCACGACUUCUGAAGGCAGCUGAUUCUGACUGAUGUUACUUUUUAUAACAAUUCUGUAAACCGUUGAAUUUCAAUCAAUCAGUCA